GAAAAAAACGAGGAGAGAGAGAGAGGAUGCGAUGGGCCCACCACGAGUCGCGUCCGCCAUCGCCAUGGUGUUGCUCCUCCUCUCCUCUUCCUUCCUCCUCCGUCUCCCACUCGCUCGGGCUCGCCUCCCCAACCCCAACCCUACCUCUAGGGCUCUCCUCCUCCUCCCCGCCUCCUCACCUCUCCGGGCCUUCUGCCCCGCCUCCCGCCGCCCCUCCUCCGCCACCUGCUCCGCCUACGCUGCCAUGGCCGCCACCGACGACAACCCGCUCCUCGCCGACUUCGACUUCCCGCCCUUCGAUCGCGUCGAACCAGCCCACGUCCGCCCCGCCGUCCGCACCCUCCUCGCCCGCCUCGAGGGCGAGCUAGCCGACCUCGAGAAGGGCGUGCAGCCCACCUGGGGGAAGCUGGUCGAGCCGCUCGAGCGGAUCGUCGACAGCCUCGACGUCGUCUGGGGCACCGUCGACCACCUCAAGGCCGUCAAGGACUCCUCCGACCUCCGCGCCGCCGUCGAGGACGUUCAGCCCGACAAAGUGAAAUUCCAACUGAGGCUUGGCCAGAGCAAACCUAUAUACGAAGCCUUCAAGGCCAUAAGGAAUUCUUCAGACUGGGAAACCCUCAGCGAGGCUCGCAAGCGUAUAGUAGAAUCCCAAAUAAAGGAAGCCGUUCUCAGUGGAGUUGCGCUUGAGGAUGAACAGAGGGAGAAAUUUAAUCAAAUCCAACAGGAGCUCGAGAAGUUAACACAAAAGUUUAGUGAAAAUGUGUUGGAUGCAACCAAGAAAUUUGAGAAAUUAAUAACUGAAAAGAAUGAAAUUGACGGGUUGCCUGCUACAGCACUUGGCUUAGCAGCACAGACUGCCGUGUCAAAGGGUCAUGAAAAUGCUUCAGCUGAAAACGGACCUUGGAUCAUCACAUUGGAUGCGCCGAGCUAUAUUGCUGUUAUGCAACAUGCUCAGAACAGAGCACUUCGUGAAGAAGUUUAUCGUGCUUAUCUAACCCGUGCCUCUAGUGGUGACCUUGAUAACACCAAUAUCAUCAGUCAAAUUCUAAAGUUGAGGCUGGAGAAGGCUAAACUGCUUGGCUACAAAAACUAUGCUGAGGUAAGCAUGGCUCAGAAAAUGGCAACUGUUGACCGUGUAGAAGAGCUUCUUGAGAAACUUCGUGCUGCCUCCUGGGAUCAUGCUGUUCAAGAUAUGGAAGAUCUAAAAGUUUUUGCUAAAGGUUCUGCUUCUCCAGAAGCCAAUGACCUAACUCAUUGGGACCUAAACUUCUGGAGUGAGCGUCUCCGGGAAUCCAAAUAUGACAUCAAUGAGGAAGAUCUGCGUCCUUACUUUGCACUACCUAAGGUUAUGGAUGGCCUCUUCAGUCUCGCAAAUAAGCUCUUUGGAGUUAGUGUAGAGUCUGCAGAUGGAUUGGCUCCUGUUUGGAACAGUGACGUCAAAUUUUACUGUGUCAAAGAUUCUUCAAACAGCCCUGUUGCUUAUUUCUACUUCGAUCCAUAUUCAAGACCAUCUGAAAAGCGUGGAGGGGCUUGGAUGAAUGUGGUUUUUUCUCGCAGUCGUGUGCUUGCUCGCAAUGGUUCACCUGUUAGGCUUCCUGUUGCCCAUAUGGUGUGUAAUCAGACCCCACCAGUUGGUGACAAGCCCAGUCUUAUGACCUUCCGCGAGGUUGAAACCGUGUUCCAUGAAUUUGGUCAUGCGCUGCAGCACAUGCUUACCAAGCAAGAUGAAGGUUUUGUUGCUGGUAUUCGUGGGAUAGAAUGGGAUGCUGUGGAGCUGCCUUCUCAGUUCAUGGAAAACUGGUGCUACCACAAGAACACUCUUUUGAGCAUUGCAAAGCAUUAUGAAACCGGUGAACUUCUUCCUGAGGAAAUUUAUGCAAAGCUUGUAGCUGCAAAGAAUUUCCGUGCUGGCACCUUCAGUCUACGUCAGAUACGUUUUGCUAGUGUAGAUAUGGAGCUGCAUUCAACUUACGAUCCAAAUGGAUCAUUGUCCAUAUAUGACGUUGACCGAAGAGUUGCUGAGCGAACACAGGUUCUUGCUCCUCUUCCAGAGGAUAAGUUCCUAUGCAGCUUUAGCCAUAUAUUUGCAGGUGGCUAUGCAGCUGGGUACUACAGUUAUAAGUGGGCUGAAGUAUUGUCAGCCGAUGCAUUCUCAGCAUUUGAAGAUGUUGGUUUGGAUAACGAGAAGGCAAUUGAGGAAACCGGCAGACGAUUCAGAGAAACAGUCCUUGCUCUUGGAGGUGGAAAAUCUCCACUGGAGGUGUUUGUGUCUUUCCGUGGACGGGAGCCAUCGCCGGAAGCUCUGCUCAGGCACAACGGAUUGUUACCUGCUGCUGCGUAGCGUGAAUGCGUGAUAGCUCUUGCUGGAUUCAUUUUUAUCUCUGCUGAAAACGGCUAGUUGUAAGAGCAAUAGACAAAUUGCUGUCCACCGUAAUAUAAUGAUCAUUGUUGCUUCUUGCUGUUCA